AUGUUGCCAAGUUUCAAAGACAUAUUGAAGGCAUUGGUAGGUUUCAAGUUUGUUUUGGCACUAUCUGUCACUUUUGUAGACAAGCGGGGUUGUUCGAAAGCUCUUGCAACCAUGAGUUUUGUGUUUCGAGGCUCGAGAGGAGAUAUUGAAAGUGGAUUUUCAGGCUUUAUUCCUGAAAGACCUGCAGUGCGUAUUCAUGCAGCUCGGCCAGUUAACUCCAAUUCACUUGCUUUUCUCGUCACAGUUCUUUUGCUGUUCAUGAUUUUAAACUCUCAUCAGAUGUCACCAAACUUCCUGCUUUGGCUGGUUGUGGGCGUCUUUUUGAUGGCCACAAGCUUGAGAAUGUAUGCAACUUGUCAACAACUUCAAGCUCAGGCACGAGCUCAUGCUGCAGCAGCCAGUGGCUUGCUGGGUCACACCGAACUGCGUUUGCAUAUGCCGCCAUCAAUAGCAUUUGCAACAAGAGGACGAUUGCAGGGGCUAAGGCUCCAGCUUGCUCUUCUUGACCGUGAAUUUGAUGAUUUAGAUUAUGAUACUCUCAGAGCACUAGACUCUGGUAAUGCUUCUACUACUUCAAUGAGCGAGGAAGAGAUAAAUGCCUUGCCAGUUCACAAGUAUAAGGUCCCUGUUCAGGAGAUUGCUAGCACAUCUCUGCAACAUGCUUCAUCUUCUUCAGCUCCAGCCGAGACAAAGCAAGACUCGAGAAAUGUGGAUGGGAGCGUGAAGACUUCAGAAGAUGAAUUGACUUGCACUAUUUGUUUGGAGCAAGUUAACAGGGGGAAUUUGUUCGUAGCUUGCCAUGUUUGCAUCAGUUUCAUACCAACUGCAUCGAUCCAUGGCUGCGGCAACAAGGCACAUGCCCUCCACGGAGGUCAGGAUAAUGGUGAAAACGACGGCAGCAGCAAUGGGGAUAACGUACAUUUGCAUUCGAAAAAUUUGAUUUUGGUGAAAGUAUGGUGUUUGAUCAUCCUGCUAGUUACCACCUUCGCAGGUGGUGUCUCUCCAUACUUCUAUCGAUGGAACGAUAAUUUCCUUCUUUUGGGCACACAGUUUGCUGGUGGGGUUUUUCUAGGGACCUCUCUCAUGCAUUUCUUGAGCGAUUCAGCUGAAACUUUUAGCGAUCUCACUACCAAAACAUACCCUUUCUCUUUCAUGUUAGCCUGUGCGGGCUAUCUUUUAACCAUGCUUGGUGAUUGCAUAGUGAUGUUCGUAACUAAAUUAGGGGAUGCAAGAGCUAGAGUGCAAGUGGAAGAAGGAAGGGUAGCUGAUGAAGAUAGUGAUAAAGAUGUGGCCAUGGAUGCCAAUCCCAUUUUCUUGAAGACUGCGUCUCUUGGGGACACCGUACUACUCAUCCUCGCUUUGUGUUUUCAUUCAGUUUUUGAGGGGAUUGCCGUUGGAGUCGCAGGGACUAAGGGAGAGGCAUGGAGGAAUCUUUGGACGAUAUCCUUGCACAAAAUUUUUGCAGCCAUUGGAAUGGGAAUUGCUUUGCUUAGGAUGCUCCCAAAGAGGCCAUUUCUAUUAACUGUGGCAUAUUCUUUUGCCUUUGCUGUUUCCAGCCCCAUUGGAGUAGGGAUAGGCAUUGCCAUUGAUGCCACUACUCAAGGCCAAGUAGCUGAUUGGAUCUAUGCUAUCUCAAUGGGAGUUGCAUGUGGAGUUUUUAUCUAUGUUGCCAUCAACCAUCUCAUCGCUAAAGGAUUCCAACCACAGUCCAAAUUGUACUUUGACACUCCAUUUUUCAAGUUUGUUGCUGUGCUCCUCGGGGUGGGAGUUAUUGCAGUUGUUAUGAUUUGGGAUUAA